GACAGUGCAAUACGAUCACUUAUAUUUAUAUGAUAUUGGAAGGAAGAGGUGGUACACAUUUUUUCUCCCGUGAAAUGGAUUUUAAUUGUGGAUUAUUAAUUAUUUGACUUUUGAAACUAAUUAUGAUCAUGAAUUUGUUAUAAUUAAAUGUUUAGUGUAAUGUUCUGAAAGUGAUUUGAUUUGAGAAUUUUUCUUCUAUACUGGAUAUAAUUUUGGGUUAAAUACCUGGAUAAAAUAAACAUUACAAUAUAAACAAAUCAAAAUAUUUGAAGUGACGGUGUGGAAAAAAUUGAAUUUGUGCGUUAUAUAAUGUAAUAAUAUGAAGGACAGGUGCAGAUCUCAUAGUCCAAGUCAAAUUCUUCAACAAGGAGAAACUGUCAACAUGCAGACAAUACUUGCUAAAGCUGUCUAUGACAACAAAGCAGAAACCCCAGAUGAACUUGCCUUCAGACGAGGAGAUGUUUUGUCUGUUAUUGAACAGGACACAGGUGGUCUGGAGGGCUGGUGGCUGUGCUCCUACAGGGGAAAACAAGGAAUUGCUCCAGGGAACAGGCUACAACUUCUGACAGGGAUGCAGGAUUCAGACUACCAGUCUCCAAUGACACAGAAACAGCUAAAUAGACGGAGCUGGGAUGUCACACCAAACAAGGUUGGAACACCAACGAAGAUAGGAAACCAACAACAAUUUAUCUUUGAAUCUCCCGAAAUGCCAACACAGGAUUAUGAUGUGCCUCAAACACGUCGCCAACCAAUAGAAGGUCAGGAGAACUAUGACACACCACCAAAACUUAACAGCCAAAAUAGUUUUGAACAAUUGGAUUAUGACACUCCCCCACAACAGAAAAACUUCCAGCACAAUCAAGAAAAUAAUCAAAUGACACCACAGAGUUUGUUUCCAACAGAAUUCUAUGAUGUUCCAACAUCACUAUCGAAUCGUUCCAGCCUUAUGUCAAACUUAUCCCACCUUUCUCAUUUAUCCAAUGAAUCAUUUUCAUCCAGUAGUGCUUCAAACAAAAGUAGUGGUAGAAAUCAAGGAUCCAAUCAGGGAAGUAUGACUGAUUCGGCUCGUUCAAGCAUGGAUAUUUCACCACAUGACUUUUAUGAUGUACCUCCGUCAAGACUGCAAGCUUUGCCUUUUAAUCAUCAUAAACAACCAUCAGCUGAUUCAGGAUUAGACAUGUAUGAUUCUCCACAAAAACAGAAAUCUGGUACUGAUUCUAUGGAGGAUUAUGAUGUACCAAAAGCAGAUUAUGACAUCCCUAAAUCUCACAGCGACUCUUUUAUCAGUCCUGGAAAGCAAGCCGAAAAUGCGUAUGAUAUUGCUGAUCAAUCCUCUGUCAUUGAACAUGAUAUUGAUGAUAUAUAUGAUGUACCAAAAAGUAAUACACUUGUGCGUAAAAAUGAAAAGAACUUUCUUUCUGAUGAGCUUGAUGGUAAAUCUAGGAGAAGAGAAAAAUCUGGGGACAGAACUCUUACAAGGGGAGAGAGAUGUGGUGGUGUUUAUGAUAUUCCACCACAAGUGACAAGGGACUCCAUGUUUUCCUCCAAAUCAGAUUCAUCUGAAAGUACAGAUGAAGGUUACAGGUUGUCAAUUUGUAGUUUGGAUUCUAGAAAUUCUGACAUUCCAAUUUAUGAUGAAUUGCCUUAUGAUCUUGAUGCAGCCAUGGAUUUGAUGGUUAAACUGCAACAAGAUGUGCAAAAGGCUACAACAAAAUUGUGUAGCUUUAUAAGCAGUAGUUGGCGAAGGAAAGAUGUUCUAGAACCUAAUUUGUACAAUAUCAAAUCAGCAUGUACUAAAGUAAAGGCAACUUUGGAUGAAUUUCUGGAAUUUGCCCAAGGUACAUUAGCAAACUCUGCUAAACUGCCAGAAAAGAAACUCAUUAAUAAACUGACAAAACAAUUAUGUCCAUUGUUACAAAAUCUGACCCAAAUCAAGUCAUGUUUAAAGAAUCUAGAAUUGACCAAUUGGCAGUUAUCUAGUCUUGUGUCAAAUGAUGCUUCAAUAGAUGAUGAUUUAGGCAAAAUUGCAUCAAUUUCUAAAGAUCUCACAACUGAUGUUAAAAAGAUGGUUUCUCUCAUUCAUGGCAACUCUACAUUACUGUUCAAAAGAGCUCAGGACUCAAAUCAUAGUUUUUCAACACCACCAAAGCCACCAGUGGCUCAAAAACCAACCGUUUUGCCUAAACCAAGUAUAACUAAUGUUCAAGGUCGACCCCUGCCUGCACCACCAAGACCCCUGCCACCAACACCAACAGACAAAAAGUCAAUGAGUUUUGAUUCAAAGACUGCUUCUGUUGAAUUUAAACGGGAUUCUGGAGAUUUAAGAAGGUUAUCUGAAGAAUUCAAACAAAUGUCUAUGGAUACUUAUAAAGCACAAGAUAAAGUUAAAGAUGAGAAUGACAUUAUCGAAGAAUAUGAUUAUGUGCACUUGGAUUCGCCUGAAGGUUCUGAUGUUUCUAAGACAAAAAUAGAUAAAUCAAAAUUGGAGCAACAAAACCUUCAUCCUGAUCUGGAUGAUAAACCUGUGAAAGAAACAUCCCCAAUGAGAGAAUUAACACCCCCUAAAAUUGGAAGUCGUACAAGCUCACCAAUGCGAGAAAAUUCUCCAUCAAAACAAUUCAUGAAAAAAUCAAAUAGCAUGGAUGAUAUAUUAUCCAACAAAAUCAGUGCUCCUGAACCAUUAUUUGUGAAAACACCAGUUGACAGAAAUUUCAAACUAACGUCGCCAAAUUCCCUACCAUCGACAAUCAAACUAGAUCCAAAUGAUAAACAAGUGGUGUGUUAUUAUUCAAGUCAGUUAGAUACUCAUUCAACUUUACUGACCAAUGCUGUUGAUGCAUUCUUCUCUUGUAUCGAAUGUGGACAUGGACCAAAAGUAUUUAUAUCAAACAGUAAAUUUGUUGUCGUUUCCGCUCAUAAACUUGUAUAUAUUGGGGACACACUACACAGAAACUUGAUGAAUAUUGAAGUUAGAAAUAAGAUAAUGCAUUGUGCAAAUCAUUUAUGUGAUAUUCUCAAAUUGACAGUAUCUACAACUAAAACUGCAGCAUUACAAUACCCAUCUAUUCCUGCUGUGCAGGAAAUGGUGGAUAGAGUUGUCGAUGUUUCUCAUGCAGCUUAUGAACUAAAACUUGUGAUAGGACAGGCUGCUGCUUUGUAGUGCUCUUUAUAUCUUGAUACAAAGCUUACGUAAAUGUCUUAGAAAUGUUAUUAAGUAUCAGUAUUCCUUUUAUUUUUAAGAUUGUGUUAGAAAUAAUCAAUAUAACACAACAAUAAUUUGAAGAAAAAAAACAUUUGUGAAUAAAUAUACAUAUUUUC